AUGGCGUCUGUGCCGAGGAAGCGCAAGGCAAUAUCUUUGGAAGCGAAACUCGCCAUCAUCGAUGACCAUCGACAGGGAACGAAGGUGACGUUCCUGGCACAGAAGCACAGACUUUCGCAGUCAACGAUAUCAACAAUCCUGAAGAAUGAAGAGAAAUUGCGGAAAGAAGCAGCCGGCAGCGGAGCGAGUGCGAAGCGAAAAAGGAUUCGGGAUCGCGCGUACGAGGAUAUCGAGGAAGCAGUCUACAAAUGGUUUCUCGACGCCCGAAGUCGGAAAAUCCCGAUCAGUGGGCCGGUCCUGGCCGCAAAAGCAAAACAUUUCGCUUACCUCCUCGAUGAAGAUUUCAAGCCCUGCGGAGGAUGGCUGCAACGAUUCAAGGACCGCUAUGGCAUCACGUACCGACGGAUUGUCGGCGAAAGUGCAUCAAUGGACCGUGCAGGCAGGGAGGCAUGGCUGGAUGAGCAUCUUGAAGACAUCUUUCAAAGGUACACCGAAUGCAACAUUUAUAACGGCGACGAGACGGGGUUGUUUUACCAACUGCUGCCUUCAGCAACGCACGCUCUCAAAGGAGAAGACUGUGCGGGGGGGAAACACAGCAAGGUGCGCCUUACUGUCUUCCUGUGUUCGAAUAUGGACGGUAGCGAUCGGAGGAAACCGUUUGUGAUAGGGAAAUCGAAAAAGCCACGCGGUUUUUCCAACCCCGCAUCUGUUCCGGUCCGCUACCGUCACAAUCAAAAGGCCUGGAUGACUCGUGCAUUGUUUCAAGAGUGGCUUGAAGAAUUCGACAGGGACAUGUUAAAGCAACAAAGGAAGGUUUUAUUGUUGCUAGACAACUGCACUGCACAUCAAGUUAAUGUGACCUUAUCGUCAGUGGAAGUGCUAUUUCUUCCGCCGAACACGACCUCUGGACUACAGCCCAUGGAUAUGGGCGUAAUCGCCAACGUGAAAGCUUUCUACAGGCGCCGCGUUGUCGACCGCAUGAUUUUCAACAUAGACAGAAGCAAGGCGCAAGGAACGGACGAUGUUCCUGACCUUAAGGUGACGCCAUUAAUGGCUGUGCAGUUUGUAAAUGCGGCGUGGUACGAGGUGCGCCGGUCGACAAUCCGAAACUGUUUCCUCAAAGGGGGCUUUGUUCCCCCUGUACCUGCUGAUGACGAUCUCUGCGACGACGGCACAUUGCUCGAAGAUGAUGAAGUUACUGACGGGAUUCGAAGCCUAUGGCAACAAGCAACGGACUCAAACCUCGUGGACCGCGACGUGUCUUUGGAAGACUACAUCAACAGUGACGACCAUGUGCUGGCCACAGAAGAGUUUACCGACGAAGCCAUCGUUAAUGAGGUUCGCGAAUUGCGUGAUGGGAAUGUGAACGACGCUUCAUCAGACGAAGACGACGACGCAUCACCCCCUGUUUCGUGCGCCGCUGCUCUGCGCGCUCUCGACACGCUGAAGGACUUCGUUGUGGAUCGCGGCCUACCCGUUGAGUACGCGGCAAUCCUCGACGCCCUUGAGCGCGAGGUUGUAGUGCGCACGAACAAUCAGAAGCAAGCGAAAAUAACAAGCUAUUUUCAAUAA